AUGGCUGUUGGCAUCCUUUUUAUUUUUGAAUUAGUACUUUAUCAUGUUCCUUUUCCUAAUUAGAUUGUUAUUGUUACAUUAUAAAUAUGUGAGUUUUGGUUUCGUUAAACAUCAGAUUCUACUACUUACUUUCAUACAAGAAAUCUUGAAACUAGCAAAGGAAGAAGCUCAAAUAAAGGAAUCUGCAGGCUGUAGCACAACACCAUCAGGAUAUUUUACAACUGUCGGUAAACUAUUUUCUUAAAAUGAUUCCAAACAAAGAAUGGAUGAGCAUACGGAACAGGAGAGAACCGGGAUUCGUGGACGGCGUAAAUAACUUCAUUGAUUACGCGUUUUCUCAUUCAGCCAACAAAGAAGCCAUUCGUUGUCCUUGUACAAAGUGCAGAAAUGCUGUAUAUAAAGGUCGUUCCGAGGUUCAAUAUCAUCUACUAAAAAAUGGGAUUUUGGAGAAUUAUUCAACUUGGAACUUCCAUGGAGAAGGUGCGGGUAAUACUCAGGACUCGACAAGUACCCAAGAACUGAAUGAAGACCAUAUGCUUGAAGAUACUCUUGAUGAUAUGGAUGGAUUGUUAAAUGACAUUUAUGGCAGGAGAGGUGAAGAAGAAGAUUUUGGUAUGGACACAGAGGAGGUUGCAGAAGAACCUAAUCAAGAUGCUGCUGCCUUCUAUCGCUUGCUCCAAGAGGCUAAGGAAAAAUUGUAUCCGAACUGAAUGUCAUAUGUGACUGCACAUCUCUUCUUCCCUUACAUUGUGGACAUUUAUGAGGUGAUAAGCACAUUGGAGAAGGAUGCAGAUGAAGAAAGGCAACAAAUGGCAUUCAGAAUUCGGGCAAAGGUAGCAAAAUAUGGGUUUAAGACAGAUAAUGAGAAGAAUAUAAAGAUAUAUCGUAUGAUUUACGUGGCAUGUGUGCUAGAUCCUAGGCACAAAUUGGGGUAUGUGUCUUUUGUCUUGAAGGACAUGUAUGGUGAAGUGAACGGGGGGAUUUGGUUGAUGCCGGAGUUACUGUCACUAGUAGGAGUUAGCAUGGUUUGGGUGGAAAGUUUACUUCUGAGUUCAAGAAUAAGAUGAGAGAGAAACUUAAUAUGGGGAUUCACAGUUCGUCGGAGCUGGACAGCUAUCUAAGGGAUGCAAAUGAUGCUAUUCUUGAGGAUGAGGAUGAUGAGAAGUUCGAUAUCUUGAAAUGUUGGUCUCAGAACAAUAUUAGAUAUCCCGUCCUUUCUGAAAUGGUGAAUGAUAUUUUAGUUGUUCCAAUUUCUUUUUUGCCUCGGAGUCUGCUUUCAUCACGGGAGGUCGGGUUCUAUCCUCCUUCAGGUCCUCUUUGACCCCGAAAAUUGUGGAGACAUUGAUUUAUGCGGAAGAUUGGAUACAAUUCCCCGAUUCACAAUUGGUUGAUAAUGAAAAGGACCUCGAAGAGCUUACUGAGUUUGAAAGUGUACUAUCUCUUUUAUUUUUAUCACUGUCAUUUUCUCAACUUUUGUCAAUGAUCAUAUCCUAACACUUUACUAAAACUUUUUUGCUUGUAGUUUACAAUACUAUGCGAGGUAGAAUGGAUAGUCAAAGUGAGAGUGACAGUGUUGGCCAAACCCAAAGCUUUCCUGUUGAUCCUAGCUCCACGAUUCUGAUGUUAAUCCAUAUGAGGAGAAUGAAAAUAUUAAUGUUGAUAAUGAUCAUGGACAUGAUGAUUUGGAGUGCGAUCCAAGGUUUGUUUAGGUGGUUGAUUUGAACUUGGAAGUUGAAUGUUUGGACUUCUUCUUAUGUUUAUCUUUUAUGUGAG